AUGGGGACCAGCUCGACAACGGUUGGAAGUGUACGAACCACGCAACACCAUAUCGGCGGCGAGCCUCGCCUUGACAGUAAUGGCGUAGCCGAGAGUGCAACCUAUACCCAGACCCUCACGGUCCUGAUUUUCAGAGGAUACCCCCGAGACACUGAGGACUCGCGAAUGAUCGAGUUCUACCUGGCUGCGGAUGACAGCGCCACCACGAGCACUGCGUUCCGGCUCGAGGGCCACACGGGCAUGUAUUGGGUCAAGGUGACCCCAAGCCCGGGGGUUCCCCAUUCGCGACCUCAUUAUCUCCGCCAGUUCUUUGUCGCAGCUGUGCCCGUGGCCUCGGCUAGUGAUUCACGACUUCGGAAUGCCAUCAUGGGGACCCUAGUCAACAACGAGGACCCAGAAUUCACCCGCUUCAGCUGGAUCGCAGAUGUGAUCAGCAGCUUGUCGGCGGGCGGUUUUAUAACCUCGGAGGAGGGAGACGAAGUGGUUGAUCAAACGAUAAACGCGAUAUACGACGCCCCUUACGGCAGCGAGCCUGUCCUCUGA